GAGAUGUGUACUUCCUUUUAUACUAGUGUUACUUGCAAGUCCAUCCCACCAGCACAUGAAUGGCCCUCAAUUCCAAAAACGGUGUUCCUCUGACAGGCCUUCUCUGCAGAAACCCACAAUGAGCUGUGAUAGUGGACUGGUGGAGAGGAACGUUGCUGGAGAAGGUGAAACAGGUCAGGCUAGUGUCAGUGAUGACCGAGCCCCUCCGAGGGAUUGGAUGUGGGCGUGAAGGUGAAUGACUCCCACUAUUGUCUCAGCCAGCUGACCUUGCCAGGCUAACCUCAAUGAGUGUUUGGCUCUUUUACCACUUCGGCGACCCAGCCGACCCAGAGGGGAUGUGGGACAGUGGGGCCAUGGAUCCACCUGAAGAGGAGGGCCGCACCUUCAUGCAGGUUCUCAGCGAGAAGUACAGCCCGGAGAACUUCCCGUACCGCCGAGGGCCUGGCAUGGGUGUGGUGGUAGUGCCAACUCUCCCACAGGGCUCGCCCAUGAAAGAUCGUUUGAACCUUCCCAGUGUGCUCGUCCUGGCUGGCUGUGGAAUCAGCCAUGCGGGAGAGCAGAGAGAGAUCGCAGCCUUCUGUGCCCACGUGAUGGAGCUCGACCUGUCCCACAACAAGCUCCAGGACUGGCAUGAGAUCAGUAAGAUUGUAUCAAACAUCCCCAACCUGGACUUCCUCAACCUGAGCUCCAACCCGCUAAGUGAGGUUGUCUUGGAGCCUAGCGGUGCUAAGGCCUUUGCCCGAGUCCGACGCCUGGUACUCAACAACACUCAAGUGUCCUGGAACACGGUGCUCGUACUAACACGGGAGAUGCCUGAGCUGGAGGAGCUGUUCCUGUGCCUUAAUGAGUACACCACCGUGUCAGCCUCUACUGUGCCCUGCCCCACACUGCGCCUGCUGCACAUCACCGACAACAACCUGCAGGACUGGGCCGAGGUGCGCAAGAUUGGCCCCAUGUUCCCCGGCCUGGAAACUCUGGUCAUGUCCAACUGCAACCUGAGCUCCAUUCAGGACUCGGAAGACAUGCUGCGGCACCUCUUCCCCAACCUACGCAGCAUCAAUCUGUCCAACUCAGGUGUUAACCAAUGGGAGGACAUAGAGAAGCUGAACCAGUUUCCUAAACUGGAAGAUGUGAGGCUGCAGGGGAUUCCUUUACUGCAGACCUAUACCAACACAGAGCGCCGGAGCCUCAUGGUCUCACACCUGCCCUCUGUAUCAUCACUCAAUGGCAGUGUGGUGACGGACGGGGAGAGAGAGGACUCCGAGAGGUUCUUCAUCCGUUACCAUGUAGACUACCCAGAGGAGGAGCUUCCUUACAGGUACCACUGCCUGGUGACCAAAUACGGGAAGCUGGAACCCUUGGCUGAGAUCGACCUUCGACCCCGCUGCCACGCCAAGGUGGAGGUGCACUGCGAGGACAAGGUGGAGGAGGUGAGUAUCCGCCUGGACCAGACUGUGGCCGAGCUGAAGAAACAGCUGAGGACAGUGGUGCAGCUGUCGGCCAAUCAGAUGCGUCUUUACUACAUCGACAAGGAGAGUGUAUUUGGGCCGGAGGAGAUGAAGUACCACACCAGAGCCCUCCACUCCUACAGUAUCCAGGACGGGGACGAACUCCUGGUGGUGCCUAAGGCUGGCCGAGGGACUACUACCACUGUCAAACCACUAUCAAACCUUAACUCCAAAACCUUAACUCCCCCACCAUAGAAAUAUAAUUACUAGAUCGUCCACCUAUCAUGGCACAUUGACUUGAAUGGGGAUGCAGUUCUAGUAAUUACAUUUCUAUGCUCAUACCCUUCCCCAUCCUAAUCUUGUCUGAAGAAUUCCCUGCACCCCUCCUUAUGCCCAUCCUAUGUUCUACAUUCAGUGUGGGACACACUAUCAGGAAUAACAGCGACUCUGACUCUGAUUCUGACUGGCUUUGUUGUGUUUCACCUCACUGCACCACACAUGCACACACACCAACUAAUCACAACAAAUGUGUCUUGUAUGCUGCCCUCUAAAGCUGUGCAUAUUAUGUGUGGCUGAGUCCCCUCUUCGUAUUGGUGUAACACCUCUGCCCUUGACUCCUAAAAAGUCUAUAUUCGGGGGAGGAGAACAGGAGAUAUUGCAGAGUACAACCAGUGUAUCUUUAAGACAAUCAAUCUCCCAUUGCAUACCCUGUGGUAUACAGAGGAUGUUGAUGAAAGGAUAUGUAUACUGCUGUGCCACAGACAGUGUUUUGAGUGUACUAGGUUGAUUGUACUGUAGCUAACUGAAGUCUUCAUUGCUCUGUGUUAUUCCACUUCCUUAUAAGACCAAGCCAUAGUUUUAGUUAUUCUAAGUUUAGUUCAGUAAGAUUAGUAUUUUUGGAGUUUUCAAAUUGGCUUUCUUUGGCCAGUUGUACCCUAGUGUUUUUAGGAUAUUGAUGCCUCUGACUGAAAUAACUGAUGUACCAUAUAGUGCUGCAUGAGAAUGUCCUUUGCUAAGUAUGUUUUUAUGUAGUUUGUGUUCAGGUUUUUGCAUUUGGGUGGAUCCUUCCACUGUCUGGGACUGUCCGUACAUGUUAGGCCUAGAUUACGUUUUAACACCUACUGACACGUUUGCUUCUGUGCCAGAGCCACAGUAUCUUAGGGAUAUUGCAGACAGAGACUUUGUGUGUUCACCAAAGAUUUGUAUGAACUGUGUACUAUUCAUUGCAUUGUUGAUGCAUUUUCCUUGUGUGUAAAGAGGCUCAUGCUUGGUGUUAUUUUUGUCAUCGUGAGGGCAAAGGUCGCUAGGUCAAUAGCUGUUGUCUGGGACAGUAGAACUAAGGCAUUGCUUGGUACUUCACAGCUGAGGUGCACCGCCACUUUAAAUCCCAAUUUACAGGCUGCUCAUUUCCCUAUUGUAUCUUCAUUUACAUAAUAUGUUGUAUUAUGUCAUUGUCAGAUUUGGAAGACAGUAAAGUAUUGGAAGAUGCACUUAACAGAGCUAGAUCUCUCAAAAUAUUGGAAAUUAGACCAUAGCAACAUAUUUCAUACCACUUGUUGUAUUUAUUUUGUCAUUACUUCACAACAUAGUAAUAAGCAUUAAGGGUCCAUUAUUUUCGGUAGGCCUUAUCUUUCUCUGUGGCUUAGAUGGCUACUUGGUCUACUCUAGACAGCGUCCCUUGGUUAGUGAACCCAUGUUUUAAAUGUAGUCAGUAUGCACUGGCAGGCACACUAAUGCAUUAAUGUUAAUAUUGAGAGUGGCACUGUAUAAAGGGGUAAAGAUUUAAUCAAAUAUAAAGGAAUAAAACAUUCAUCUGAAUCUGUAGCCGUGGCUCCAUGUACAUUCAGAUAAUAGCAUAGCCUAGAUGUAAUGGCUUCCCUUGGUUUCUGAAAUAAUGUUUUAGUGUAGGCACCACUGCUAACAAAGUGUGAAAAUUGAGAGUGGUACAGUAAUUAAAGGAAAAUUGAAUCAGCUAUGCGACAGUCAUCUGAGCCUGUAACCAUUGCUCCCUGAACUACCAGUUCUUACUGCAAUGUUUCCUUUUAUUUCAGUUUCAUCAGCAUAAACAUAGCACAUUUAAGGAUUCUGAAUCAAGUUAUCAACCUAUAUCUGCUAGAGCUUGACAUGUUUGAAGUGCAGAAAUGUGUAAUUAAUUUGUAUUUAUAAUGUUUAUUUAUAAUAUCUAUUUAUUUAUUUUUGUGUGAUAUGCUUUCCCUAGUUGUCAGCACACACUGAAUUGAUGCACUAGUUAUGUUCAAGAUCAGUAUAUUUUAGUGUGAAGGAUCUGUUUGGCAUCUAUUCCAGGUCAACACCUCACUCUAGUCUGGGUUUAAUAGCCAAUGCUUUAUAAUUCAUUCAUGUGUUAUUUGUUCUGGAGUAGUACAAAUAUGUAUAGUUGUUGUGGGUUAGUGCCUAUCCUGAACCUCAAAUGAUUUAUAAAGCCAUUAUGCAGCUCCACAAUAAUCAGGUACAGUAUAUACUGUAUAUAUCUCCUGCUGUUCUGUUGUAGGUAUGAAUCCUUCUGCUUAUUCAACCUAACCUAGUGUAUUCUCAUCAUUGUGUAAAAUGUGGGAAGAAGAAAGGGAUACUAAAGUAAUGUACCACUUACUGUUUUAUUGAAGGGAAUGGGUUUACAUGUGGCAAAAUAAUCUGAGCAUUUCAGCCAUUGCAGGCUAGGUAAACCGGGCAGCUAGCUACAUCGAAAUUAGCAUGAUUCUAAACACCUGAUAUAUGUGUGUUCCAUGGGUUCAACCAGUAUAGAGACUGUUUUCUGAUUGGCUGCCUCCUGGAUGUAACAAUGCUGUCUAAAUGUGCUUACUACAGUAUAUGCAAAUGUUUAGAAAAGGUAUAUAUCUGUGUGGCAUAAAUAUAAUGAUGGCUGUAUGAGUUUAUAUGAUCGAAUGCCAUUUAAAUUGCAGAUAAGCAGACUGAUGUAUUUCCUCUGAACUCCAUAUUACUCACCUGUGUAGAGAAAGAUGCAUACAAUGUAAUAAUAAAUAGUAGUCUUCUUU